CCUGCAGCUCUGAGCAAAGCCGCCUGCCACCAUGGUGCACUGGUCAGCCGAAGAGAAGCAGCUCAUCACCAGCAUCUGGAGCAAGAUCAAUGUGGAGGAAUGCGGUGCCGAGGCCCUGGCCAGGCUGCUGAUCGUCUACCCCUGGACCCAGAGGUUCUUCGCUUCCUUCGGGAACCUCUCCAGCCCCACCGCCGUCCUUGGCAACCCCAAGGUCCGCGCCCAUGGCAGGAAAGUGCUCACCUCCUUCGGGGAAGCCAUCAAGAACCUGGACAACAUUAAGGCGACCUAUGCCAAGCUGUCCGAGCUGCACUGUGAGAAGCUGCACGUGGACCCUGAGAACUUCAGGCUCCUUGGAGACAUCCUCAUCAUUGUCCUGGCUUCCCACUUCGCCAGGGAUUUCACCCCUGCUUGCCAGUUUGCCUGGCAAAAGCUGGUCAGUGUCGUGGCUCACGCUCUUGCCCGCAAGUACCACUGAGCAUCCCGGGACCAGUUGUGCGAGGAAGAGUCCCUGCUCUGCCACAAGCAGCCCUGAGCACAGGGAGAUGCCCUUUGCGUACUGACAGGCUGUAACCACCGAAUAAAUGCCUCCCAGCACCA